AUUAACUUCUGACAGAUCGGCUGUUGAUCUAUGCGCCGUCGAUAAGCCAACCCGGAAAAGUCCCGAUAUGCGAGGCUGUUUGCGGGUGCUGAAUCUGAAGCUUUUGAGCGUUAAUCUAUCAGUGACCUGUGGAUCAGGCUAUGGCCAAAAGGAGCAUGCUAGCGAGACCGGAGCGGACCCGGUGGGUCAAAAGCUUCUGUGCCGUCCGCGUGGCUUUCUGUAUGGGGUUGGUAUAUCAAAGUCAAACGGAUCGGCCGAUGCGGCGUUUCAGUUCUUAAUUUAUUUCGUGACAGUUGCUGGUGGGACUUGAGGAAUGCAGUUUGAUACUCCUAUAUCUAUGCCUAUGCCUCCUAUUAUGUGUCUGAUUUCUA